GAGGUGCAUCUACAACAAGCAGAAGUCAAUGCCCAGCAGCAAAAUGGAGAUGCUGAUAAUCAGUGUCAUGAACUGGACAGCAAACUGAAAGCACUGCGAGACACCUUGACUGCACUGGAGAGACAGAUAAUACGAGCUGAACAAGAUCACGGUACGAGACCCACGCCUGGACAAAACCGAGAAGUAAAUGAGGUGAAAGCCAUGUUGGAUGAAAGAGAGAGAAAACUCCAGCGCUGUGAGGAAAACAUCAUUGAUCUUGCCAGGAAACUGGAGGUCCUGUUCCAGCAGAUUGACUUCUAUGAGAGAGAACGGCAGAAGAAUCAAGAGAUGUUGCAAGCAGGUGCAAGUAAAAUCACCAUGCUUGAGGGAUCCCUCGCCUCCAAAGAUGACACCCUGCAGCUAAAUGAUACUCGAGUUGAAAAUUUGGAACGGGCAACCUACAAUGGAAUCCUGGUUUGGAAGAUAACUGAUUUUGUUCGGAGAAGACAAGAUGCUGUCAACAACAGAGUGCCCAGUUUUUACUCUCCUCCUUUCUACACUUCAAAGAGCGGAUACAAGAUGUGUGCAAGAAUUUACCUUAAUGGGGAUGGUAUGGGGAAAGGGACCCAUGUUUCUCUGUUCUUUGUUAUCUGCAAAGGCAGCAAUGAUGCCCUUCUUCGUUGGCCCUUCAGGCAGAAAGUAACCCUGAUGUUACUGGACCAGAAUAACAAGGAGCACAUCAUUGAUGCUUUCAGACCUGAUCCAAGCAGUUCUUCAUUCAAGAAGCCAACAAACGAGAUGAAUAUUGCAAGCGGAUGUCCCAUGUUUGCUACAUUGUCACAGUUGGACAGCCCGUCACAUGCCUACAUCAAAGAUGAUACCGUUUUCUUUAAGAUAAUAGUUGAUUGUGCUGAUUUGCAGUAAAAAGUGAUGGGAUGUGUUUUCAUCCUUCACUGGUUACAUGUACAGCCAAGGGGCAAUUUUCAAAUAAUUCAAACCAAAGAAUACCCACAUGUAAAGAAUUUGAACAGACUAUAAACAAAAAUUUAUAUAAACAGGAUUGACAUUUGAUAUGUUUGAAUAUUUAUGAGCUUUGUAUUAGAAACAAUUGUUUUCCUUUAGCAAUUGAAAAUUUCCCAAAGUUAAAAGUGUUAAGACAGCCAUUUAAUUCUAUGACUGACUAUUUGAUGUAAAUAUUAGGUCCCAUUUCAAUAGACAGCAUUGAUCGGUCUAUAUGGAUCGAUCCAACUCUGCCAGGAUUCAGCUAAACAGAUAAGCACUCCUGCCGUUAAGUA